AUGUCGGUCCUGGUGCGCUUGGGCGUCGUGGGCACGGGCUGGCUAGGGCUGUGCAGUGCAUCAUCUUGCAGGGGAAAGGCUGGUGGAAACACAGCAGAAAAUCUGACACAAAACAGUGAAGAAAUCGCUCAAAAUGAGCCAAGUUCAAAUUCUGGAGAAAGUGACAAAACUGGCGCGCGAUCCCAUGGUGAUCCUCCUUGUACCUCAUCUGACGUGCUUGCCGAUCCCGAGGUGGCCAGGUCCGCUGCUGCUCCCGAGGCAUCGUCAUCCACUCCUGUGAGCUCCCGCGCGCGCCAGCCACGCGAGCCCCUCGUCUAUUCGCAGCAUCAUCGGUCGCCGCCGCGGGCCCCGCAGCGGUCCCCGUCUCCUGCACCCGUUAGCGACCACACGCCAGCCAACACGCAUGCAAGCUGCAGCAGCACGCCUGGCGACUGCACGCCCGACAACAGCAGCAGCAUGCAGCGCUCCGACAACAGCAGCAUGCGUGCUCUGUCCCCGCCUGCUGCUGUGUCUCCGGCAGGAUCCGGCCAAUCAGUUGCCAUACAAUCAUUGGCUAUCUCUGAUCCCAAUGAUGAUUCUGAUGCUGACAAUACUGAUGCUGAAAACAAUGCAGAUUCUGGUGCAAAUUCUCCCAGAUCUUGUGUGCAUUCCCCUGCUGCAGUAUCUCAUGUGGCUCGUGUUCAAACUCGGCUACAAAAAGGUAUCAAAAAUCCGAAAGUUUAUAUUGAUGGCACUAUAAGUUACCAGCUCUUCUGA